UUCAAUAUGGCGGCUUGUAAAUGUGUUGUUGUUCUCUGUCCAAAUGCACGUCGGCAAACCGUGAAAGUAAAUCCAACAACCACUUUACUUCAGGUACUUGAAGAAGUAUGCAGAAAACAGGGCCUCUCAUCUGAACAAUUUUCUUUGCAGCACCAGAGAAAGAUUCUUGAUGAUACUUUACCAAUACGAUAUACUGGUUUGUCCAAUAAUGCACAUUUAGAACUUGUGGCCAGCCAAAAAUCAAAGCAAGUGCAGUCUGUUUCUACUGUGGGCCUGCAACUAGAGUCUGGUGAGAGACUUGUUAAGGAGUUUCCCUCAUCAUCUUCCCUGUGGGAUGUCCUUUUGUAUUGGGAUUUAGAUGAGAAAAGCCCUCAGCAAGGGAAGAUUAUUAAUCCUUUUCCAGAAGAACAGAAGAGUCCAGUGUGCAUAUACAUGACACAAGAGAUUAAAGGUGAAAACUCGUUGCAAACAGCUACUUUACAUUCUUUGGGCUUGACAGGAAAAAGAGUAGUCAUAAGGUUGAUUCAUAGACAACUGGUAGAAACAGUAGCUGAGAAUGUAGGAGUGCCGCCAACAGAGGAAGGGAAGACAAACUCAGCCCCAAGUGGCAUUUCAAAGAAUAAACUUCCUUUACAAGAUGUAGACCAGGGUACGUUUAGAUCUGAGCAAAUGAUGAUUGAUAAUGCUGUUGUUUCAUCGACAACUUCACCUGCUAACACCACAAUUCAAGAAAACUCAAAUCAAGUGCCUAGAAAUGCCAGAAGAAACAAUUCUGUGGGUGCACAAGGAACUCAUAUUCAAGAAAGUUUAAAAGAACCUAAGAGAGCCAGAAUAAAUCCUCCAGAGCCUCCUUUUGCAAAUUUUAAGUUCCCAGAAGAGACAGCAGGCAUGGACUUAUUCGAAAGAGAAAGGGUUGAUGCAUCCCGCAAGGAAUUCCUGGCCACUCCAUGCGACAGAAAUCCUGUUGCUUUCAGUGAAGAAGAUCCUUCUUAUCCUCAACGCAAUGAAAGUGAAAUUCCAGAUUCUUUCUUUGAAGUAACAGUGGAUGACAUCCGCAUCAUGUUAAGAGACUUGAAGAAUGAAAGGAAUCAAGCAGACAGUGCCCCUCUUAUGACAAGAGCCAUGCGUGAGGUGCGACAAGAGGCUGAAAUGUACAAAUACGACAAGGUUGUUGUGCGCAUUAAGUUUCCUGACAGGCUGGUCUUACAAGCAUUUUUCAGACCAAUGGAGAAAGUAUCAACCCUGACAGAGUUCGUUAAAUCUUACCUAGAAGAUCAGGAUUUCCCGUUUUAUUUAUAUACUACACCACCUAAGCGUUUUCUAGACAAACCAAAUUCAACAUUGUUUGAGAAUAAACUGUACCCAGCCUCAGUUGUACAUUUUGGAUCUCAACAUCAAAGAGGACACUACCUUUCAACGAGACAACUUGGAAAGCUGUCGUCAAUUUCAGAUGCAGAGCAUUCUGUUGUUGAUGCCGGAGUUUUGACGGUUCGCGCUGGUUCAAGACCUGAUAUUGGAGACUCGCUGGUCAGCUCGUCUACUGUGCACAGUGAACAGGGUGCAGAUACAUCCUCAAAUGGGCCUGGUCUCCAUGAGGAGCUGAAUUCCGCCUCCAACAGCAGUCCUCGCGUUGGAAAUACUAGUAAAGGUGCAGUGCCGAAGUGGUUCAAGGGCACAGUACAAUACAAGGCAACAUAAAGUCAAACGAUCGGACGCAAUCAGCUGCUGAGGGAUGGGACCAGAAUGCAGAAGUUCGACUAGAAUUAUGACAAAGAACUUAAACUAAAUAUUCAAGAAAUAAAGAUGAUCUUAAGCCCGUGCGUUAGGUCAGAUUGUUUGGAAACAACAUUAACGCAUUUGGGUAAGUUUUGUGUCGGUAAAUUACGAUAUAGAAGAAGAACGUGGCUUUCAGUUAGCUAUCGUCCCUCGUCACUCAAUUUCUUUUGAGUACGUCUUGUAAAGACCAGUGACAACCUCCUAGUGUAGAAGUCACGUGGAAUUUUUUCCUUAGGACAAAUGCUGUAACUGAUCACUUGAAGUACUUGUCAUGUUACAUUCACUUACAAGAUGUCGAUGUAAUACUUACAGAUUGUGAUAUUAUAAAUUGGGUUUCUAUUCCUUAAAAGCUUGAAAAUUGACUUGAUAUUUAUUAUUAGCAGAAGCAAAAAUAAUAAAAUAAAAAUAUUUUCA